AUGUCGGCCCUAAGGCGCUCGGGCUAUGGCCCCAGUGAUGGUUCGUCUUAUGGCCGCUACUACGGGCCUGGGGGUGGAGAUGUGCCGGUGCACCCACCUCCACCCUUAUAUCCUCCUCGUCCUGAACCUCCUCAGCCUCCCAUUUCCUGGCGGGUGCGCGGGGGCGGCCCGGCGGAGACCACCUGGCCGGGAGAAGGCGGAGGAGGCGAUGGCUACUAUCCCUCUGGAGGCACCUGGACGGAGCCGGGUCGAGCUGGGGGAAGCCACCAGGAGCAGCCACCAUAUCCUAACUACAAUUCCAACUACUGGAACUCUGCCAGACCUAGGGCUCCUUACCCAACAAGUACAUAUCCUGUAAGACCAGAAAUGCAAGGCCAGAGUUUGAAUUCUUAUACAAAUGGAGCAUAUGGCCCACAAUACCCCACUGGCCCUGGGGCAAAUACUGCCUCAUACUCUGGGACUUACUACACACCUGGAUAUUCUCAGACCAAUUACUCCACAGAGGUUCCAAGCACUUACCGUUCACCUGGCAACAGCCUAACCCCAGUCUCUCGUUGGCUGUAUCCCCAGCAGGACUGCCAGGCUGAAGCACCUCCUCUUAGGGCGCAGGUUCCAGGAUAUCCUGCACCACAGAACCCUGGAAUGACCCUGCCCCAUUAUCCUUAUGGGGAUGAUAAUCGUAGUGUUCCAGAGCCAGGACCAUCUGUACGACCACAAGAGGACUCAUGGGCUUCUCCUGAUGCUUAUGGAAUGGGAACCCGUUACCCCUGGCCUGCAGCUGCGCCCUCAGCACCACCUGGGAAUCUUUACAUGAGUGAAAGUACUUCACCAUGGCCUGGCGGUGGCUCUCCUCAGCCACCUCCAUCACCACCACCCCAGCAGCCCAAGGAUUCCUCAUACCCGUAUAGCCAAUCAGAUCAAGGCAUGAACCGGCACAACUUUCCUUGCAAUGUCCAUCAGUAUGAGUCCUCGGGAACAGUGAACAGUGAUAAUUCAGAUCAUUUGGAUACCCAAGUCCAGUAUAGUGCGGAGCCUCAGCUGUAUGGUAACACCACCAAUGAACAUCCCAGCAAUCAAGAGCAAAGUAAUAAUCUUCCUGAAGAGUGUUUGCCUUCAGAUGAAGGUACUCCCCCAAGUAUUAAAAAAAUCAUACAAGUGAUGGAGAAGGUCCAAUAUCUUGAGCAAGAAGUAGAAGAGUUCAUAGGAAAAAAGACAGACAAAGCAUACUGGCUUCUGGAAGAGAUGCUAACCAAGGAACUUUUGGAACUGGAUUCAGUUGAAACUGGGGGCCAGGACUCUGUCCGACAGGCCAGGAAAGAGGCUGUUUGUAAAAUCCAGGCGAUACUGGAAAAAUUGGAAAAAAAAGGAUUAUGAAAAGAUUUAGAACAAAAGGGAAGCCUGCUACUAACUUGACCAAUACUCCUGAUUUUGGUUAUUUACCCUCUUUUUGAAAUGCCUGUUGAUGACAAGAAGCAAUACAUUCCAACUUUCUUUUGAUUUAAAACUUGAAAAACUGGUAAAGGACUUGGAAAAACAUUUUCGUUAUGAAUCGUUUUCAGUUUUCAGACCAAUGAAUGUAAUAGGAAACUAUAGAGUUACCAAUAUUGCAAAGUAGGCUCACUUCUUAAGAGAUUUAUGGAUAUCUGCAAGCUGUUUCUUAUCAGCAGGAGGGAAAUACACUUUAUGUAACAGGCUUAUCAGAAACCUACCAGAUGAGACUGGAUAUAAUCUGAGACAAACAGGUUUUUUAAAACAUCUGGAUUACUUGUCACAUUUUUGUACAUUGUGACUGCUUUCAGCAUACACGUCAUGUGUAAUUACAGCUUGGACUUUAGCCUUGUGGGACCUCUGUUUUGUUUUGUUAUUGCAGUUCACAAAUAUAGUAUUCUUCUCUACUUCUUGGUACAUUUUGUAGUAAUAUGUUUAAUAUAAUUAUUCAAGAGAUUAUAUUGACAGCCAGAUAGUAUGGUAUUUCUGAAUGAAUUUAUAUCUUUUCACCAUUUGAAUAUAUUGCAAUGUGUAGUGAGUUUCUGAGGUAAAUUGUCUCCUUUUUUGUAUAGAUCAUUAGGUUAGAGUUUUACCACUUCUACUUUUCAUGUUAAUAGCAGAAGGCGAUUUGGAAAUGGCACGGGCAUAAAAUGAAAAUGUUUGUGGCCAAUUUUUCUUUUUUGCUCUUUCAUUGUAUUUGGAUAAAGAUACACUUUAAAAUUUCCAUUUCCUCCCCUUAAUUAUCUUUUUACUAGUGCUGCUUCCAUAUGCAGCAUUGUGAUAGGUACAUGAAAAAUUAAAUGCCACAGUGGGUAGAAAUAACUGUAAAAGUAAUAAACUACUUGGAAAUGCUGUUCUCCAUCUAAAAAAUUAGUUUCACCGUCAAGAUCCCUACAAGCAGAUUUCAGUUCAGUUUAUAUUAAAAAACAAUGAGGGUAAAAGAGAAUUCAUUCAUGCUCAGGGAAUGAAUCAGCCAUAGUGAGAGUGGGAAAUAUUAUUUUUUUUAAAAGUAUAUUUGAUGUUUAUUUCUCUAGAAUAAAUUGCAUAGAAAGUAUUGCCUGUUUUAUAAAAUGAUGCUUAUUACCAUUAAGAACAAUCAUUAUACAGCCAAAUUUAAGGAAGGAAUAUUGAAAGGAUCUUAGCUGUGCUUGCUUGGGUAGUUCUAUGCUAUUGUAUAGAAGACUUAGGUAAAUAAUUUACUUUUCACACCUGAAGUGACUUCUAGUAAACAGUAUCUGUUAUUGGAAAAACAGCUGUUUCUUAAGAUAUCCAAGUGAUAAUGUUUUUUUCCUAGACUGCCAGGCCUAUUAAUGACAAUAAAUCUGUCAGCCAUCUCCUCUUCUUAUUAAAAAAAAUACAAAGCCAAUCCUCUUUAAUAAAAGGCUAAUAUGCAAAUCGACCAAACGGAGGAACGACCGGUCGCUAUGACACACACUGACCACCAGGGGGCAGAUACUCAGUGCAGGAGCUGCUCCCUGGUGGUCAGUGCACUCCCACAGGGGGAGUGCUGCUCAGCCAGAAGCUGGGUUCACAGCUUGUGAGUGCAGCGGCGUGGCAGGAGCCUUUCCUGCCUCCGCAGCAGCACUAAGGGUGUCAGUCCUUAGCUAAACUGGCAGUUGGACAUCCCUCAAGGGCUCUGGCCAGUCUGAGCUGCGCGCGCGCCCCCCCCCCCCCCCCAGUGCACGAAUUUCGUGCACCGGACCUCUAGUAGAAACAUAAUUGAUUAUAAGAAGAAAUGGAGUAAAAAUAAUGACUGAGUCUUAUGGUUGGGAUGAGUGAUUUUAUGAGGUAAUAUGAUAAUACUAUUCUAGGAUUUUUAUUUUCGGUCUAAUAUAGGAAUUUUUAAAAAGUCUUUUUAAUGAAAAUUAGAAAACUGUACUUGAAACGAAAUUUAGAAGGGGGAGACCCUUAAAGCUAAGUUAACAUAAACCAGUGAGACAAUGACCAAUUCAGGAGAGAACACUACUAUUUAACUGAGUGCCCAAGAUAGCAAUUUGCAUUGUCCUGAUUUAUGCAUAUAUACAUAUAUAUUAUGCACAUAUAUACAUAUGUGUGUAUGUUUUUUAAGUUAUUUUUUUAAUUUUCAGAUAAUUGUAGACCUGAAGAGUUGUAAAAAUAGUAUUUUCUGUAUACUCUUCACUCAUUCACUCAACUUGCUCUCUGAUAAUAUCUUUUUAAAAAUCUUAAAUUCAUUGGGGUGAUAUCAGUCCCCUUCUGUUAACAUCUUACAUAACCAUAGACCAUUUGCCAAAGUAAGAAAUUCGCCUUGACACAAUACUAUUAACUAAAGUAGAGAGUUUAAAAAGUAGAGAUUUUCUUAGAGUUUUCACUAAUGUACUUUUUACUUAACUGUCCCAGGAUCCAAUCUAGGAUCCCACCUUGCAUUUAGUUGUCAUGUGUCUGUAGGGUCCUCUAAUCUGUGACAGUAAAUUAUGGCACUUGGUGUUGUAAUGUAUUUCUGGUGUUGUUAACCUUAAUCACUACCCAAGGUGGUGUCUGUUAGGAUUCUCUACUGAAAAUUACUUUCUUUUGUAGUGACUAAAUAUUUGCUGAAGAUACUUUGAGACUAUGCAAAUGUCCUGUUUCUGCUUAAACCUUUGCCCACUCAUUUUGGUAUCCAUUGUGAAUCUUGCUUGUGUUGUCAGUUACUACUGUGGUGGUCUAAUGGUGAUUUUCUAUUUCUCUCAUUCUACAUUUAUUGAUUGGAAUUCUUCUGUAAGGAAGGGAUAGCACUUCUGGAUUUGUAUUUUUAAUUAUAGCAAAAUAUUCAGGAUAAGUACAAACUUAGAACUUAAAGAUGUAAACCUUAUUAAAUUGAUUCAUAAUACCAAUAUCACAGAAAGGAAAACUAAAUUGGUAACCUGUUUCAGAAAAUAUAAUGAACUUUUGAAGGAAAGUAGUAUUUAUGAUUUGUGGAUUUGGUUCAAUUUUUGACUUAGUAUUGACUCUAGACUGAAUUCAAAAUUUUCUUGAAAUUUCACAUCUGGACUUUUAUAAAGUGUCUACAUUUAUAUUACUUUGAGGAUAAUUUUUGUCAAAAUCUUGAAUAAAGUUACCUAGCCUUGGCAUGUUAAACACAACUAUGUCUUUUUUAUAAUAAGCCACUAUUGUUCUAAAUAUAAACACCAAUAUGAGUAUUAGACAAAUAAGCCCUAAUGAAAUAUCUGGGGGAUGUGUUAUGCUUGUCUGUACAUUUUUGGUGUGAAUUCUUUGAAAUGCUUUUUAAAAUAGGGUUUUAAAAGUACUUCUUUAGUUGGUUGAUGUAAUACUAUUAAAGAUAUGCAGAUUUUUAAAAAAUAAUUUUUAAAAAUUAUUGGAUUUUUAAAUUAUUUAUUUUUGAAAAAGGAGGGGGGAGGAAGAGAGGGAGGGAGGGAGAAAUAUUAAUUGGUUGCCUCCUGCAAUGUCCCUACCCCUACCCGGGGAUUGAACCCGAAACCUGGGUAUUUGCUGUGACUGGGAAGCAAACUCACCAUCUUCUGGUGUUCUGGACAGUGCUCAACUAACUGAGCCACACUUGCCAGGACUGUGCAGAUUUUUUUUUUUAAGUUUAAGAAUAUAGAUUAAAUUGGCAUUUAAAAGUUUUUCUGGGGAUGGAUAGUUGAUGAGUGGAUUUGUUUUCUUUUUCAUCUUUCAUCUUUCUAAAAAGCUAAGUUUAAAAAAAUCAAAUAAUUCUCUGGAAGUUAUGAUUUUAAAGUCAAUUCUGUGAAAAGGAGCAUUCUGCUCCCACUCCCUCUCUCUCUUUCUUUCUUUACUUGUUUCAAUUGAUUUUAGAAAGAGAGGAAGAGAGAAACAUCAGUUGGCUGCCUCCUAUAGGCAUCCUGACUGGGAUCGAACCUGCAACCUGGGUAUGUGCCCUGAUGGAGAAUCGAACCAGUGACAUUUCAGUGCACCGGACAAUGCUCAAUCAACUGAACCACACUGGCCAGGGCUCCUUUCUUUUUUUGUCUCCAUCUUUAUCAUGUUAAAGAGAUUUCUCAGAUGUCUAUCAGGGCUUGCUUGUAUUUUUUAUAGUGUUACUUUACUAGAGACUCAAAAUUAUUCCUAGAAAACACACCCUAACUACUUUAAUUAUCAUCUUUCUUGGAGUGGGAUAGCUAUUUUAAAUUUGAAAUUGGGAAGGGAAUAUUAUCUGGAUAGUUUUCAAUCCUGUGUUUAAACAGGAGGGUUUUAUAUAUAUUCUAUGUGGCUUUUCUCCAGUAGUGGGCAAUAGUAGCACAUCUGUUGUAAUGAACGAAAUAUGAGGCAGAGGAGGUGCCAGCUGCUGAGAGUGAGGAUUUAGGGGUUUCUGGGAUCAGUGCACAUUUUCUCUCAGCCACUCCUUAAAUGUUAUCUUAUUUUGCAAUAUAUAAUUUAUCUUGGUAGCCUAAUGCUACGAGUAGUAUUGUCAGAUAAAACAUAGGACUCCCACUUACAUUUGAAUUUCAGAUAAAACAACAAAUCAUCUUUUAGUAUACGUGUGUUCUAAAUAUUGCAUGGGACAUUCUGGGACUAAAAAGGAUUGUUUUUCUGAAAUUCAGAUGUAACUGGGAGUACAACAGCUCCCUCUUAUGUGAGGGGAGAUACAUCCUAAGACCCUCAGCGGAGGCCUGAAACUGCAGGUAAUACCGAACCCUAGAUAUAUUAUGUUUUUUCCUAUGCAUACGUACCUAUACAAAGUUCAAUUUAUAAAUUAGGCAUAGUAAGAGAUUAACAACUAAUAAUAAAAUAGAACAAUUAUAACAAUAUGCUGUCAUAAAACGUACAUGAAUGUGGUCUCUAUCUCAAAGUAUCUUAGUGUAGUGUACGUACAGUGUGGAUUAUGCUGGACAAAGGGAUGAUACAUGUCCAAGGUGGGAAGGAAUGGGACAGUGCAAGUUUUCAUCAUGCUACUCAGAAAGGCCCAGAGUUGAAUACUUAGGAAUUAUUUAUUUCUGAGAUUUUCCAUUUAAUAUUUUCAGACUGUGGUUGACCACUGGUAACUUGAGACCAUGGAAUGUGAAACUGUGGAUAAGAAGGGACUAUUUACUGUAUUUUUAAAAUUAUUUUGAGAUAAUUAUAAAGUCACAUGCAGUUUCAAGAAAUAAUGCAGAGCUUUCAUGUACCCUUUACCCAGUUUUCUUCAAGGGUAAUAUAUUGCAAAUCUUGCUGCAAUGUCACAAUCAGGAUAUCGACAUUCAUAUAGUCAAGAUAUAGAACAAUUCCAUCAUCACACUUUUUCCUCCUCUUGACCUUUUAUAGGCACACCUGCUUCUGUUUUCCAACCAUACUAAAAACCCCUGGUAACCACUAAUCUCUUCUCCAUUUCUAAAUUUUGUCAUUUCAAGAAUGUUAUGUAAGUAGAAUGGUACAGUAUGUUAACAUUAGAGAGACUGGCUUUUUUUCCACUCGGCAUAAUUCUCUUGAGAUUUAGCCAAGUUGUUUCCUCUAUCAGUACUUUUUUUAUUGCCAAGGAGUAGUCUGAGAUAUGGAUGUAGCACAGUUUAACCAUUCACCUGUUGAAGGACACCUGGGUUGUUUCCAGUUUGAGGUUCUUACAAAUGAAGCUGCUUUUAUGUAUAUUCAUGUACAGGUUUUUGUGGGACAUAGUUUUUGUUUCUUUGGGAUAAAUGCCCAGGAGUGUAAUUCUGGGUCAUAUGAUAGUUGCAUGUUUAAUUUUUAAAGAAACUACCAAACUUUUCUAGAGUGGCUAUACCAUUUUACAUUUUCACCAACAAUGUAUGAAUUUCUCUGCAUGCUUGCCAUUAUUUGGUGUCACUAUUUUUUUUAAGCCAUUCUGAUGGGUGUGUAGUGAUAUCUCAUUGUGGUUUAAUUUGCAUUUCCUUAAUGGUUAAUGAUGUUGAACAUCUUUUCAUGUGUUUAUUUGCCAUCUGUAUAUUCUGUUCCAUAAAAUGCCUGUGCGUGUCUUUACCCAUUUUCUAACUGGGCUUAUUUUAAUAAACUUAUUUUAGAAUAUUUAGAUUUACAGAAAAA